AUGGUCCGGGUUCAAUUGGAGGUGUUUAGGGUUCCUGGUAUCACCAUCGCAACAGACAUCAUCUGUGGUUUCCCAGGGGAGACGGAUGCUGACUUCCAGGAGACAUGUGACCUGGUGAAGGAGUAUCGCUUCCCCAGCCUCUUCAUCAACCAGUUCUACCCCCGGCCUGGCACCCCUGCUGCCAAGAUGGACCAGGUCCCUGCCCAAGUGAAAAAACAACGGACCAAAGAGCUGUCGACCCUGUUCCACUCCUAUAACCCCUACCACCACAAGAUUGGGGAGACCCAGCUGGUGCUUGUGACUGAGGAGUCCUUUGAUGCCCAGUACUAUGUGGCUCACAACAAAUACUAUGAGCAGGUGCUGGUGCCCAAGAGGUCAGAGUUCAAGGGGAAGAUGAUUGAGGUGGAGAUCUUCGAGGCUGGCAAGCACUUCCUGAAGGGAAGACCGCUGGACGGUUCCGUAGUGUUCACUCCCUCCAUCACCGAGCCGCUGCAGCAGGGGGAGGUGUCUGGGCUCAGUCAGGAGCAGCUGUCCCUCCAGCAGAAUGGGUCCGUCCCCUCCUCAGGCGUGCUGACUGUAUCCUGGAGCCCCUGGAGCCUGGACAGAGAGGCGCUGAAGCUGCUGUCUAUCGGCCUGGCCGUGGUGGCUAUCCUAGUGGUCUUCAUGUGGGAGAAACUCCACUGAGACCGAGGGGCUGGAAGACAUGGACCUGGGCCUGUAUUUAUAGAGCGUCUCGGAGGAGGAGUGCUGAUCCAAGAUCAGGGGCCUCCUUUACAAUCAUCCUUGUAUUCUACAAGGCAAAACUGAUCCUAGAUCAGCAUUCAUACACCGAGACUCUUCAUGAAUAAGGGACCUAGAUCAAAUACAUAUGGAAAUGAUUUCCAAGUACUUUGUACUGGGCAAACUAAAUCAAGCGUAGCUCCAGUAUUUGAGAUAAUUUGCCAUAUUUAUUUGGCCCUGUAGGUUUGGUUGAAAUGGGUUUUUGAAUGGGUCCUAGU